AUGCAAACCGGGACGGAGAAAGAGAGCGAGGUAGAGAGAGAGAGAGAGAGAGAUGGAGGAAGUGUGUCAGUGGAAAAGUGGUAUACAACUCUUAUACAAAGUGAACGAAUUUGACAGCUGUGUUGCUGUUGGUCGUGUUUUGUUUACCAAAAAAGAAUCAAUUGCUUUCGUUCGAUAUCAAAUUUAUUGUGAGAGUGCGAUUUGAACGUGAUUCCGAGGAUUUAUUGCAAUUCGUAGCAAAAUUUAAUGACACUGGCCAAUUUAAAGUCAAAAUGUCCCGGAUUGUAUUGUGGCAGGCAGUUUACCGAUUCGAUCAACGGAUCGAUACCUUGGAGCGAUUGUGGUGCCUGCCCCAGAGGCUAUCGCGUUAGCAUCAUGAGCGAUUUCAGUGAAUGCAUGCCAUGCGAAAAUAAUCCAUCCACAUACGAUUGGCUAUAUUUAGGCUUUAUGGCAAUGCUGCCGCUCAUUUUGCACUGGUUCUUCAUCGAUUUGGCGGCCAAAGAACGAUGCUUCACCAAAGGAGAGAUCAUCUUGCAUAUCAGUGCAUUUUUUGAAGUCUUGACAUCAGCUAUUGUUACGCUAUUGAUCUACGAACCGUAUUGGACACUGAAAAUUCAUUCGUGCGCCGUAGCACGGCUAUCCGAUUGGUACACAUUAUUUCACAAUCCAACACCGAACUAUGACAAGAAAUUGUACUGCACACAAGAGGCAGUUUAUCCAUUGCAAACAAUGGUCUUAGUAUUUUACCUAUUAUGUAUUAUUUUGAUGAUGCUCGUUCGGCCCAUACUCAAUGUGUAUUUUUUAAAAAAUGGCAAAAUGGCUGUUUACAGUGCACUUUAUUUUAUUCCAAUAUUAGCACUGCUGCACACAAUUAUCGGCGGCCUAAUGUAUUAUGCUUUUCCCUAUUUAAGUAUAAUCAUAUCGAUGAUUUCAAAUGCCGCUCAUUUCUCAAUGAAAUUGGAUCAAAGUAUGAAAGCAUUAUUUGUGUCGUCAAUCACUGAAACAAAAAACUGCAUAAUCAUCGUUGGCCAUUGGUUGAUUCUAGCCUAUGGUAUUAUGUCAUUAACCGUAAGCAAUGCGAUUUUGUUGGUGAUGGUGCCGUUGCCUGCUCUCUUCUACAUAUUUACCGUCAAAUUCACCGAUCCAAGUGAAUUUCGUGAAAGAGACGAACGAAAUCAUUAAUUAUAUUUUGUAACUAUAGUUAAUUUGUUAAGUUGAUUGAAAUAAAAAAGAAGAAAAUCUCAAGCAAAAAUACUUUCACAUAUGGCAACACUAGAAAAAAACACACCAAAAAAUCUGCGUCGAACAUUUUCGAGGUUACCAGCAAUUUCUAUCAACAUACAUUAUUGUUUUGAUUGUGGCUGUCAAACCGUAAACAUCAAACACCGAUUUUGCAUCAGUGGCAAAAGCAAGUUAUAGAUUAAAUUGAGAAAAUAUGGCUGCAGGAGGGCCGAAAAUCGUUGGAAAUUAUCCAAUUGAACAGAUAUGGAUGGACGAAUCGAAGGGACUUCGUAAAGCAUUGAUUUCAUUCAAAUUUCAGUCAACAUUCAAGGCAAACGAUUUCUCCAAGUGCUGUGUUGCCAUUACGGAAGUGAAUGGCCUAAAGGAGCAUCAUGCCAGUGAAUAUUUACGUGCAGAACAUCGAAAUCUUGACUAUUGGAUUACACUGUCGAAUGCUGUCACGCCGAUCGAUUGUUAUGUGGAAGUAUUUUUGAAGCGAAUGUUAAUCGGCGAAACGAGUCAAUGUGCAAUCAAAACCAAAUCCGGCGACUAUAUAACAUUUGUGAUACGAUUGAUUCGGAUUGAGUUUGGUGGGUAUUUGUAUGGGAAAACGUUGCCAGACAUUGUGGCACUGGCACAACACUACCGGGAGAAUGGUGUGAAAAUGUUCAAGGAUUAUCCAUUAUUUGCACAUGAUUACUUCAACAAGGCGGCGAAGGUGCUGAUUUCAUGCAAACCAUUCGAAACAUUGGCAGAACGUGAGUCGGGAAUGACUGAAGUGGAUCCAGUGAAAUUGCGCGAAUUGCUUGAGACUAUUUUAUCCAAUAUUAGCCUAUGUUUGAUUAAACAGCAGAGAUACGAUGAAGCGGCACAUGUCAUGGAAUUUGCUGAUCGACCCGAAAACGUUCCGGACAAACAGAUUUACCGUCGUGCCAUCGCUCUCUAUCAUCUUGGCAAACUGGACGAUGCCAGAAAAACUAUUGAACGCAUCAACUAUAAAGAUAAAAAGGAAUGCCUACUUUUGCACAAUAAUAUCGCCGAAAAGCUUAAAGAAUCCGAUCAAAACUAUCGCAAAAUGAUAAAGAAUAUGUUUGCAUAACCGAUUUGUUCAUUUUCCAUUGUUUUAAUAAGUUUAUUAAAUAAAACUCACUUAAUUUUAUUUACAACAAUUAA